UUUUACUUACUUUCAGGCUUCUGUGUAGGCCUAAGGCUGGGCCUUGAUUAACCAGCCGCUUGCACAGUUAAAAUGCCAACUUCCAGGAAAUACAUGAAGUGGGCCUAGCUGGAUUUGAUGGGAAACUGUUUCUGGAAGAUCAUGGGCAACUGCUUCAGUAGUCCUACAUCAGAUGACAUAUCCUUGCUAAGAGGAAGCAAUGAGCGUAUGGGACCAAGAGAUUCAACCAUUUCUGACCAUCUUGGUCCUCCUCCUCCAUAUGUCUCCCAUGAAGAUGAAGAUCAUGCAUAUAUGUACUUUCCCUCACCAAAUGUGAGCCGUCCUGCAUCCCAGUUGACGGAGGAAGAGCAGAUUCGCAUUGCAAAGAGGAUUGGGCUCAUUCAACACCUCCCUUCAGGUGUCUACGAUGGGAGCAAAAAAAUCCGAGAAUGUGUGAUCUGCAUGAUCGAAUUUGUGGUUGGAGAUCACGUGCGAUACCUCCCGUGUAUGCAUACAUAUCACGUGGACUGUAUUGAUGACUGGCUCAUGCGAAGCCUCACCUGUCCUUCCUGCAUGGAACCGGUGGAAUCUGCGCUUUUGACCAGCUACGAGACCAAUUGACUGCUUGACCUCUAAAUGUCAGGUCCAGAGGCUCAGUCUUUCAACCGCCAAAAGGGAUGCAGACCGAUCGCAUGCGACGAGUGCCCCUUGCCAGUGUGAAUGGCCCCAUCUCUCCUUGAUGGAGAAUUCAGACUUUCAUCUGUGAUGGUUAUUUCACGACUCUUCAAGGUUUUCUCAGUUUCUUUAUUUUUUUCUCCUCUUGGACCACAGAGAAGGUUAUGUGACCAGCUUACUGUUUGUCUAGGCCUUGUAUAUUCACUGUGUUAGGGAAUAGCCCGAUGUCAAAUUUUCUUAGGGCUUUCUUUUCAUAGUUUCUUCUAAUCUUUCUAGUCACUGAUUGUGGAGUAAGAAUCUUCCGUGAUAGCAAAUCGUGAAGGAGAUGUCUUUCCCAUGUCUUAGCAUCUGCCUUCACAUGUGGUGCUGCAGAGCUUUCCAUUUUCUCUAUCUUUUUCAUUUACCUCUCUGUCCCCCUUUCCCUGCUGGCCAAUAAUGAUGCAGGAGGAGUAGUAUGAAUAAUUUCUCAUUCACAACUAGAGAUCAUAUUAUAACAUACUGUCAUUAAGGAAGGAGCAGGAGGAUUAAAUUGAAAAAUUAGUCAUAUAUGGCCUCUUUCAGUAUUGCUUUUUUUGCUUGCACUUUCUUUGUGUUAAAGUAUCAGUAUAGAAUCCUAAUUUGAGCUGACAAGUUGAAUCUGGGCCAAUUUGAAUGUGUUGCUGUUUAUGCUAUUCUUGUAUGCCAGUUAGUAGAAAAGUGCAGGAGUGGAGAAGUGCCUACCACUUAUUGACUUUUCCAGUUGCAACGUGUAUGAUGAGAAGUCAUGAGAGGUUCUGAUCCUUCAUAAUCACAUCAACAAUUAUGAUGGAAUGGCUGAGAUCUUUUGUGUGAUUGGAGAUCUUGAUUCUCAUAUCAGUUGUCUCCAAUGACAAUGGCCUCCUCUCUGAGCCUCAAGACCUUGUGAUUUUUAACAGUCACCUGUUCUCUACUGAUAGGUAGAGCCUUGCCCCUUUCCUUGUGAUAUUUUGCCCAACAACAUGCAACAUAGAAGAGCCUGAAAAAGGGUACAGGCCUUAGUGUUGAGUUGAGUCUGAUAGCAUGCCACUUACUGAAACUUGAGGUUAGGCUUAGCUACUGCAUUUCUUUCAUUCUAAAAUGGAUUAAGGUUUCACCAUCUAACCUUGGGCCUGGGUGUGCAGUGUAAGCAUUUAACUUUUGGACUUAGACAUUGGUUAUGCCUGGUUUAAUUGGGUUGUGCAUCUGGGGUGGAUAUGCUCUUUCAACUGGAAAGGAACUACCAUAUGCCCAGGACUAGCUGAAGAGUGAAGGUGGCAUGGAAAUUCAAUACAGAAUGAGGAAAGGUAAUUAAAAAUACACAGCUGAAAUAUCAGACCGGACUGUUACAGAAGACGGUACAAGGUCAUUCUCAUUUUGAAAGAUAUACAGCCAAUAGCAAGAGGAGUAUGACCAUAUAUGGCAUGUAUCAAUACCGUAAUCUUCUUCAUUCAGGAUUGGAACCUCUCUAGUGACUUACUUUGCCCAGGAACUGGUCCAAUUAAAGAGACAGCGUAAAUAUUUUCAUGAAAGGGUUUAUGAAGAGAUUUCUUGAGUUUUUAGAGGGUGUCAAAGAUCUCAUAUGUAUCCAAAGGAUUAUAUUCAUGGUCUCUUUAGUUUUUUCUUACUUCUUAUCUCCAUUUUGAAUGCUAUCAGGUUUCAUUGCAAAUGCUACACUCGAACAAGCCUACUUAAGUUUUUAUUCUUCAAUGAGGUGACCUCUCUGGCUGGUGGCAGGGGUUGUUUUUUUUUAAAUUAUUAUUGGGAACCUAGAUGAGGCCCAGAUUCCUUGGUCAAUCUCUUUCAGUUUUAUUUGAAAUCUCAUGUUUGAGAAUGCUGAAUCAGAGAGCUUCUUGUGUGAAAAAUUAUGGGGCAUAAAUGGGACAUGGAGUAGGCUUAUAGUAACCUACCAUAGCAUUCGUGUUUCUCUGGAAUGGAAAUACAUGGUAAUGGGGAACAGGAUUUUUUUUGUUUUGCUGCGAUUGCUUUUUGUACUCCUGCCCUAAAUUAGUUGAUUCUGAAUAGCAGAUUGAAAGGUGCUGUCGUGGCUUGGGUCAUUGUUUUCCUUGUCAAAAUGGCAGCUUACUUUGUUCCAGCAUAAUCCAAGUAGGCCUACAGGUAUGCAUACUGUGGACAUAAUUGUAAAGAUGAUCUGUAGAACUGGUUUUUUUUAUGAGAGUCAUCAACCACUGGUUCAUAAUAGGGAAGAAGUUGAGAGUGCCCUAACUCCUUUCACAUAAUUCUCCUAUUCUCUGAUGAUUGAAUGCUUGAUCUGAAUGUCUUUUCCUUCUUUUUUUCAUACUUGCACACUCACCACCUUAUUGUUUUUUUGUGAUAUGAAGAUGAGAGUGAGAGCAGUCGUGGCUGUGACUUACGUCUUUGCAGUCGAGGCGUAUGUUGUAUUGUGAUAAAUGAGUCGACCGAGACCCAAGCACUGUGAGAGGUGAACGGAUGGUAUUCUGUUGAUUUCUAUACCGUUGCUUUAUGUUGUAGAUUACACACCAGA